AGAAAUGGGCGGGGUUUAUGACUUUGUGGCUGUGGGAACUAGUGACGACUGGAGGACCAUUGAAAUAACAAAAUGGAGGAAUACGCACGGGAGCCAUGUCCGUGGAGAAUUGUGGACGACUGUGGAGGUGCUUUCACCAUGGGGGCCAUUGGAGGAGGGAUCUUCCAGGCAGUCAAGGGCUUCAGAAAUUCACCUUCACCGGGUGCAACGUUCCUGAACUGCUUACAGGGAUGAGCCACCGAUUGAAAGGUAGCAUGACUGCCAUCAAAACCAGAGCCCCACAGUUGGGGGGUAGCUUUGCAGUAUGGGGAGGCCUCUUCUCCAUGAUUGACUGUGGGUUGGUAAAGGUACGGGAGAAAGAGGACCCCUGGAACUCCAUCACAAGCGGGGCCAUGACUGGAGCCAUCCUCGCAGCAAGAAAUGGACCUGUGGCCAUGGUGGGCUCUGCAGCAAUGGGAGGUAUACUGCUGGCGUUGAUAGAGGGUGCUGGGAUCCUGCUCACUAGAUUUGCUUCAUCACAGUUCCCAACUGGUCCCCAGUUUGCUGAGGAGCCAGCCCCCAUGCCUGCCCCUUCCUUUGGAGGAGACUACAGACAGUACCAGUGAGAGGUCCCUCUCAGUCUCUAGGCCUUUUUGAAUUCCUUGCUGAAGUUACACUGGGGAAAUGGAGGACAAAUACUACACAAUACGCAAUUGCAAUUGCCUUUUACCAUCUUCAGCCUUGUCAGUUGUGCGUAGUUCACCCUACAUUGGUUAAAAUAUCUGAACUGGAGACGAGGGAAAAGUUUGUAGUUUGUAUAAUCAUACAUUGGGGCGGCAGGGUAGCCUAGUGGUUAGAGCGUUGGACUAGUAACCGGAAGGUUGCAAGUUCAAAUCCCCGAGCUGACAAGGUACAAAUCUGUCGUUCUGCCCCUGAACAGGCAGUUAACCCACUGUUCCUAGGCCGUCAUUGAAAAUAAGAAUUUGUUCUUAACUGACUUGCCUAGUUAAAUAAAGGUAAAAAAAAAAAAAAAAAAAA